AGGGCAACCCGUCCUCCACGCGUUAGGAAACAUGGUGCUCACCCUGGGAGAAAGUUGGCCCGUGUUGGUGGGGAAAAGAUUCCUCAGUUUGUCGGCCGCCAAGGAGGGGAGCAGCAGCAACCCAUUUGACGUGGAGCGCAUUUCCGAGUGGCCGUGGAUGUCCGGGACGAUCCGGGCCGUCUCCCACACCGAUGUGACCAAAAAAGACUUAAAGGUAUGUGUGGAGUUUGAUGGGGAAUCAUGGAAGAAGAGAAGAUGGAUAGAAGUCUACAGCCUUUAUAGGAAGGGAUUUCUAGUGGAGCAUAAUUUAGUUCUGGCCGAACGAAGAUCUCCAGAGACACUGCAGUGGCCUGCAAUUAUGUAUAAAUCCUUAUUGGAUAAGGUUGGUUUGGGAUCCAUUACUUCUGUACGUUUCCUUGGGGAUGACCGAGGAGUGUUCAUUUCCAAAGAUCUUUUGAAGCCUAUACAGGAUGUAAAUGGUUUGCGGCUUUCUCUUAUGGAUAAUCAGAGUAUCAGUAAAGAAUUUCAAGCCUUGAUUGUGAAACACUUAGAUGAGAGCCAUCUAUUACAAGGUGAUAAAAACUUAGUUGGUUCAGAAGUUAAAAUUUAUAGCUUGGAUCCAUCCACCCAGUGGUUCACAGCAACUAUUGUAAACGGCAACCCAACGGCAAAAACUCUUGAGGUUCGCUGUGAGGAGAUUCCAGCUUUAAAGAUUGUCGACCCUGCUCUAAUUCACGUCGAAGUUGUCCAUCACAGCUUCAUCAGAUAUGGUAAAUCCAAACAAGUUGGAGCUGCAAAAAGAAAAUCUUCGGAAAACAAAGGAAACCUCAUUACCAAACAUGCAAAAUCUUACUCUGAGGCCUCCCUCAGCGUGGGCCCGGUCCAGUCUGUCCCUCCGGCAGUUUUUAAGGAGGCCUUGCUGGGCUAUACUGCUGCUGCGGCUCCGACCUGCAGAGACCAGAGGCCAAAGGGAACCCCUCCGACGGCCAAUUUGCCGCCAAAUUUCGGCCCCAAAACUCCUCAAGGUUUACCAGAAAGACCUCCCUCCUGUCUGAAAAGCAUAACCGAAGUCCCAAGAAAGAUGCCGACCAUCAUCCCCAGGGCGGAAAUCCUGGCCAGGGCAGCGAAAAUCGGGAUGGAGUUUAAAAAGCCCGGUGAGUCCAGGGAGAAUCCCGCCCAGCUGAAAACCUUGAAUCGACUGCCUCUGAUCAGCAAACCCCACGAGGAAGGAAGCAGCCCCAAAAGCGCGUUCAAACCACUGUCCGCCUUCCCCAAGGAGGGACGACAGCUCCCGGACCACCGCCUGCCACCCAGAGCCCCGUCGGGACUAGCCGGCCCUGCCGAGAGGCAGAAGCCCCUUGACUGCAAGCCCUCCACCUCCGAUCUCCGGGCUUCCGCGUCCCUUGGUCCCGGAGUGAAAGCCCACCUUAGUAGCAACUGCCAGAACGGGUUUGAAGGAAAGAAGACCAACGUCUCUCCCGUGGCAUGCUCCCCGACCUGGGGAAAUUCAAAGGAACCUUCCGGUUGCAAAACCGAAAACGAGAGCCCCGUUCCCGGGAGCGGUAACAAACUCCCGAAUAACGUUAUUGCCCGGAGGUCUGUGUUAACAGACCCGGUCAAAGUCAAGAAGCUGCAGCAGAGCGGAGAGGCCUUUGUCCAGGAUGGUUCGUGCGCGGCCAUCACCGCCCACCUGCCCAAAUGUCGGGAGUGUCGCUUGGACAACUACCGCAAGGAUAAGGAGCAGAAGGAUUCUCCCGUCUUCUGCCGUUUCUUUCAUUUCAGAAGGCUGCAGUUCAACAAACACGGAUUACUCCGCGUUGAUGGCUUUUUGACUCCGAACAAAUAUGACCUGGAGGCCAUUAGCUUGUGGUUGCCCGUGGCCAGAAACGUGGUGGGGACUGAUUUGGACACGGCAAAGUACAUCCUCGCUAACAUCGGAGACCAUUUCUGCCAAAUGGUGAUAUCGGAAAAGGACGCCAUGUCCACCAUUGAGCCACACAGACAAGUUGCCUGGAAGCGAGCCGUCCGAGGUGUUCGAGAAAUGUGCGACGUUUGCGACACCACAAUCUUCAACUUGCACUGGGUUUGCCCUAGGUGUGGGUUUGGGGUAUGUGUGGACUGCUAUAGGAUGAAAAAGAAAAGUUUGCAUCAAGGUGGCGUAUACAAGACUUUCUCCUGGCUUAAAUGUGUGAAGGGUCAAGUACACGAACCAGAAAGUUUAAUGCCUACGCAGAUAAUCCCUGGGAAAGCGCUUUACGAUGUUGGAGACAUUGUUCACUCUGUCCGAGCCAAAUGGGGGAUCAAGGCCAAUUGUCCAUGUUCAAAUAGGCAACUGAAGUUCUUGUCCAAGCCAACUCCCAAGGAGGAAGGAAAACAGAAUUCCUCAGCCGGAGAAAAGGCGACUUUGGGGAGCACUCUUCAACACACACAUGGGGUUUUAGAGCCGACAGCCACAAGCUGUGAUUCUGCUCAGAAAACUACAAGUGGCAGUAAACCUGCUGGUUCAGUCAGUACGUCUCCAUUAAACUGGCUAGCCGAUUUGACCAGCGGAAACGUGAAUAAAGAAAACAAGGAGAAACCACUUACUGUGCCGCCUAUAAAGAGUGAAAGCAAAUCUCUUCAAGCCCUCCCCUCCUUCGCCAAACCUGCUGCGGUCCUGCACACCUUUAACAGCACAAUACUGACACCUGUGAGCAACAACAGUUCUGGCUUUCUGCGGAAUCUGUUGAACUCUUCGGCAGGGAAGACAGAAAAUGGACUGAAGAAUACACCAAAAAUACUCGAUGACAUCUUUGCUUCUUUGGUUCAAAGUAAAACCGCCUCUGAUGUGCCUAAGAAACCUCAAGGACUGACGAUAAAGCCCAGCAUUUUGGGUUUCGAUACGCCCCACUAUUGGCUCUGUGAUAACCGCUUGCUGUGCCUCCAGGAUCCCAAUAACAAGAGUAACUGGAAUGUUUUCCGCGAGUGCUGGAAACAGGGACAGCCAGUAAUGGUUUCAGGCGUGCAUCACAAGCUGAACAGCGAAUUGUGGAAACCCGAUUCCUUCCGAAGGGAGUUUGGCGAACAGGAAGUUGAUUUAGUCAACUGUAGAACCAACGAAAUCAUCACAGGAGCUACAGUGGGAGACUUCUGGGAUGGAUUUGAAGAUAUUCCAAGUCGCCUCAAGAGUGAAGGUGAGCCAAUGGUGUUGAAGCUCAAGGACUGGCCCCCAGGAGAAGAUUUCAGAGAUAUGAUGCCCUCCCGGUUUGAUGAUCUAAUGGCGAACAUCCCCUUGCCGGAGUACACGAGACGGGACGGCAAAUUGAACCUGGCCUCCAGGCUCCCCAACUAUUUCGUUCGCCCAGAUUUGGGCCCCAAGAUGUACAACGCCUACGGGUUAAUAACACCAGAGGAUCGGAAGUACGGAACCACAAAUCUCCAUUUAGAUGUGUCGGAUGCAGCUAACGUUAUGGUAUACGUGGGCAUUCCCCAAGGACAGCUUGAUAAAGAAGAUGUGCUCAGAACAAUCCAAGAUGGAGACUCCGACGACUUGACAAUUAAGCGGUUUAUUGAAGGAAAAGAGAAGCCAGGAGCCCUCUGGCAUAUCUACGCCGCUAAAGAUACGGAGAAGAUUCGAGAGUUCCUUAAAAAGGUCUCGGAAGAACAGGGUCACGAGAAUCCCGAAGAUCACGACCCCAUUCACGACCAGAGUUGGUACUUGGACCGAGCCCUGAGGAAACGCCUUCACCAGGAGUACGGCGUGCAGGGCUGGGCUAUUGUGCAGUUUCUCGGGGACGUGGUUUUCAUCCCAGCAGGAGCGCCGCACCAGGUUCAUAACUUAUACAGCUGUAUUAAAGUGGCGGAAGACUUCGUUUCCCCGGAGCACGUCAAGCACUGCUUCUGGCUCACUCAGGAAUUCCGGUAUCUGUCUCAAACCCAUACGAAUCACGAAGAUAAGCUACAGGUGAAGAACGUGAUCUACCAUGCAGUGAAAGAUGCCAUCGCGAUACUGAAAGCAAACGAAUCUAACUCUGGCAAGCCCUAAACGGCAGCAAAAGCCCCGCACUACGGAACUAAGUUACCGGCAGCUGUUUAAUCUGUCCCUUCAGAGUUUCUGUGGACUCGAAAUCUCUGAACGUUACCUCAUCUUCCCUCCAAGCGGGACCCGCCUUGUGAUGGCAUCCUGUCGUAUGUAUAUUUCUAGUGUUCGCCGACACUAAAUUUGUAUAUGUAGUAACUGUCCGCAGACCCCACGACGUCUCCAAGAGUGGAACUUCUUCUUAUGUAGUACAGACUUUAUACCAAACUGUCCAAAAAAUACCUCCUGCCGAGCUCUGGGAAACAUCCAUAUCCAUUUCCCUGCCGAUUGUUUAGAAGCCUUGGUCAAGAUGGCUAUGGAACUACUGUAGGAAAGGAAUCAUGUUGGGUUUUGAUUUUUUUAAAAGAAUUCGGUUGUAUUUCUUUUGGUGUGUGAGUGGGUGCGUGUGUGUUUGUUGUUUUGGGGGGUUUUUUAACUGUCUGGAGCAGUCCAGAAGGACGUUGGAGAUUGCAAUGGCUAAUGAUGCGGUUCUUAACGCUUUGCAUAUAGGACGAGCAUUAAGUAGCAGUAACGAACUACUGUAUACAAUCCAUGGGUUUAACCAUCUUUAGGAAAAUGAAAUUUAAUUUAAAUGAGGCUUUGCUAAUUUCUAAGCGUGCAGCAUUUUGCAUUAAAAUACUCAUUGAAAA